UGCUCCUAACUGAACCAUCUGAGGGUGCCAGUUAUUUACACAAAACAUGUUUUUGAAUCCUUUGCCAUGUUUCAUACACGACAGCAAACAUGAACGACAUUACCCAGCCCGCACAAGAAGAAGAAGAAGAAGAAGAAGCUCCAGCUCGUUGCUACCUCUGCAGAACUAAGGGGCUUUUCACCGGGGACAUGCGACUGUGCGGAGAGUGGGUGAAAAAACAGGCCGUGGUAAUCAAACUCCUGGACAGCCUUUUUCGAGGGGUGGCCCAGGUCAUGUUUGUGAACAACCCCCUCAGCGGGCUCCUCAUCGCGGCCGGCCUUUUCCUGCAGAACCCUUGGUGGGCUGUGAAUGGUCUGCUGGGAACCCUGGUCUCCACCGUGUCUGCGAUGCUGCUGGGACAAAACAGGGAGGCCAUAGCGGCGGGAUUACAUGGCUACAACGGGACGCUGGUCGGCAUGGUGACGGCUGUAUUCUCUACCAAAGGAAACUGGUACUGGUGGCUUUUACUGCCAAAUGUGUUCAUGUCCAUGUUGUGCCCAGUGGUCUCGAGUGCUUUGUCCUCAGUUUCCAGCAAAUGGGACCUCCCGAUAUUCACCCUGCCCUUUAAUAUUUUGGUGUGUUUGCACAUUGCAGCCACGGGAGCUACUCAUCCGUACUUCCCACAGGUGGACAUCAAACCAAACAACCAUCUGCCUCCUUUAAAUGACACCAUUCAAAGCGUCAAGAUUCCUCAGCUAUUCCUGUCCGUGCCAGUUGGCGUUGGCCAGGUGUACGGCUGCGACAGCCCUUGGACGGGAGGCCUCGUCCUUCUGGCCCUGCUGCUCUGCUCGCCAGCGAUCUGUUUCCAUGCCAUGUUGGGUUCCGCUGCUGGCGCGGUUACCGGACUCGCUCUGGCUGCUCCUCACAGGGAUAUUUACGCCGGGCUGUGGGGAUAUAACAGCGCUCUAUCCUGCAUCGCCGUAGGAGGGGUCUUCUAUGUUUUAACAUGGCAAACACAUCUGCUGGCUAUAAUGUGUGGUAAGACUCGUGGGCAUGAUGUAUUUCUCGAAAUACCUCCACAGAAGGUUUUAGUUAAAUAUUUCUCCCCAGCGCUUUUCUGUGCCUAUAUGACUUCCGCAGCCUCGCGUCUGAUGUCCGUGCUUGCAUUACCGGCCUGCACGUGGCCUUUCUGCCUGUCGGCUCUCAUCUUCCUCCUCGUUUCCUCUGAGAUCCCGGCCAUCUGCAGACUGCCCCUGUCUGUGGUCUCCUACCCCGAGGAGAAUCGGCGCUACUGGAGACGAUUAAAGGCUCCGGAGAAGGCUCGGAGCUGUCAGCGGACCUGCAGCCAAGAAGAGGCCCCGCUGAAGGAGGGCGGGGGACCAAAUGUCCAGCUGGUGGUGGAGAGCUGCUCCGGUGAAACAGGAAUACAGGAAUGUAACUGUAAAAACAAUAUGGCGAUGUAAAAUGUUGGUAUUUCCUCUAUAUUAGAAUGGUAAUAUGGUUGUAUGGCCCAUUGUGUCUUAAAUUGCAAUAUUUCUUCUAGCCAGCAGAGGGCAGCAUAUAACAAGGAAUACUGCAGUGUAACCACUGUGUGUACAUCUAUAAACACAGAGGGAGAUCUCUUGUGUGCCACAUUUUACUAAAUGUUUUACACUGGAAACAAAGAGAUUUUUGUUGUGUUGCUUUUUUAUAUACAAGAGCUACACAGCAAGCAUUAGGGGCGCGGAGGGGUGGUGGAAGUAAACACAUUUUUAAUGCAGCAGAGCAUCUCAUCAGAGCAGACAGUGAGCUGCAGGGGAGAUUUCAUAAAGUGCUCCCCCAGCAAAAACACCUUCUCCACUGCCAGGCACAAUCCAUCACUGCCUUCUGCACUCCAAUCUGUUCCAUUGUCUCCCCCGCUUUGUGUCUUCAUCUGUGCCUCAUCCCUAAGUUUAACUCGUUUUUGUUUUUUUUUAUAAACCCAUUUGUGCUUAUUGAUUUCUGCUUUUCUUUUAUGCCUUACAGUUUUCUCUUCAGGCGUUAUAUGUCUUGAUUUCUUCUUUCAAGUGCAGUCUUUCUUAUUUUUUUUCCUCAACCAGCAAGAUUUCAAUCUCUGCAAAAGAUGAGCUGAGGUGUCAUCUUAUGUAACAUCCAAAUGCUUUUCUGGGUCAGUGUCUGCAUUAAUGUGUACAUCUUUAUGUGUUAGUCAAAUUUGCCAUCUGCCUGUCUGUGUAUCUGGUGCACCAAGGCACAUGGCUUCAGUCUAGCCAGAACGACACAUAACAGUCAGUCACACUCCCAGACAUGUGUGGGUGCUGCAGUACAUUGUGGGGACAAGGUGUGAGACGGGAGAAGGGGACGAUCUUGCAAAUGGGAACGUCUCUCUCUCUUUUUUUUUUCUUUUUUUCCCUUGGUUAUAAAAUCUCACUUGUUAUGACUGUGUUUUCCAUUUAAUGACUAAUGUACAUUUCUUGGUUUUGCCCCUACGGGCUCAAAACUAAUUGUUUUUAAACUCUGAGUGGAAUACAGAGGGGAACUUUCCAAAACACAUCCAGUAAUAUUUUCUAUGAUCUGCUGCAGGAUGGAAUAAAUACUGGCCUCAUUCA